CUCAAUACACUAUAUAUUAUUCCUCUCUGUCUUUUCGUUCUCUCUCCUUCUCCCGGGGCAGCUCCGAGAGAACACAAAACACAGGACCUUGGCUCUGAACCCUACCUCACCACCUUUUUUCCUCGGCAUCGUUGGUUACAAUGUCGACUCCAGCUAGAAAGAGGUUGAUGAGGGAUUUCAAGAGGUUGCAGCAGGACCCUCCUGCUGGUAUUAGUGGUGCACCUCAAGACAACAACAUUAUGCUUUGGAAUGCUGUGAUAUUUGGUCCUGAUGACACUCCUUGGGAUGGUGGUACGUUCAAGUUGACUCUUCAAUUCUCUGAGGAUUACCCCAAUAAGCCACCAACUGUGCGGUUUGUUUCUCGCAUGUUUCAUCCUAAUAUUUAUGCUGAUGGAAGUAUAUGUUUGGAUAUUCUUCAAAAUCAAUGGAGUCCAAUAUAUGAUGUUGCAGCUAUACUUACAUCCAUUCAGUCAUUGCUGUGUGAUCCAAACCCCAAUUCACCUGCAAAUUCUGAAGCAGCUCGGAUGUUCAGUGAGAAUAAAAGGGAGUACAAUCGCAGAGUGAGAGAAAUUGUGGAGCAGAGCUGGACUGCAGACUGAUUGUAUGGACAAAAGAUGUCCUUGCAGACCUCAGAUCAAUAGCACCAUGGCUCAUCUCUGUUAUAUUUAUGGAUUGAAACCUCCUCUUUGGAAUUUUAUUUUAAUGGAACUCAUUUGUUUGGUCCUAGUAUUCUGGUUAGGUUUUAUUGCUUAAUUGCCAUUUGCUGCAUUGCAUUGACAAGCUCCUGUAAAAUAUGGAUGUGCGUUUUGGUUUAGAAAUGCAAGAAACUUCCCAUA